CGGCGGGGAGGCCACAGUACAACACCUUCAAGAGGCACCUCGCGACAUGCCCCCCUCGAGUGCAUCCGACUCUGCCCAACCUUCGCCGUAUCUCUGGCGUUGGUAUUGUGCAGCAGCACAAGGACGUUGCGGAGAUGCUCGCGACGCUGAGGAGAGAUGUGGCGGCGACAGGAGCGACGAUCCUCUCACGGACGAUCGCAAAUCCAUCUCUGCUGAUCAGAUAGUCAACUUUUUGGCAGCCGGGUCUUCGGGGGCGUACCUAUUGAGGAGAGUGCAGAGGGACGGUGCUGAGCAGGACACGGCGGCUGUGGUUGUGCAGCGGUGGAAGAAGGUGUUAAAUGACUUCAGCCUCGAAAAUGUGAAUGCUAUUUGUACGGACUCUGUGGGGACAUACAUCGAGGCCGCGAAGCUCCUUGCGCAGGACAAGGAUCUUCGAUACAGUCACAUCACUUGGCUCCCGUGUGCGGUGCAUGUCUGCAACCUGAUGUUGUCGGACAUUGGGAAGGAUGGACGAGAUGGUGUCGUUGGACACAGGGAGGACACGAUCAUCAGAGCGAGGGCUGUCGUGCGAUUCAUUCGGUCACACAGGGCCGCCCUCGCCCUUUUCAGGCGAUUCUUCGCACGUCACACUGCCAAAGGGCAGACAGCGCAGUCGUCAGCUUCUAGAGGCACCUCUGGUCGCGGUCGGGAGCUCAUUUACCCAGUGCAGACCAGAUUCGCUACACAUUACCUGAUGUUGGAGCGGUUGUUGGAGCGAUGUCAUGCACUCGAGGAGAUGAUGAUCAACGACGAGUGGUUGCGACAGCUGUGGAGACGGAGCUUGUGGCUUCAGUCGAGGAGUAUUGCAUACUUUGAGGGGGCACGCAGGACAGACCAUGAGAGGGAGUUGGUAGAGGAGGUUGACAUUUACCUUCGUCAGCAGGCAGGACCGGACAGACAGUUGUACGAGGAUUUCAGGACAACUUUGAGGGAGUUCCACAUUCGAGAGGGCGAUUGUGCGUAUGGCGGUCGCGACGGGGACCGAGAUGAGGACACUUGCAGGGGGGAGAAGGAGACAUCGGCGGUUGCUCAGUGGGGGGUGGGGUAUGUUCUCCCAUGGGAGGACGAGGAUGUCGUCACGGAGGAGGAGAAACCGGAGCCACGUGACUCGGGAGUCCGCCCUGCGGACAAGGUUACUGAUGAGCAGCUGGACAGGCAGGUGCGGAAGGGGCGGAAGGACUCUCUCACUCGACAACCUGCGAGCGUGGAUAGAUAUUUUGGCAGGAGAGUGACUAUUCUUCUGCUACACGAGGAGGACGCGGUGUACGACCUAGAGCCCGACCCUCUCACGCAGGAUGAGAUUGAGGAGGAGCCUUGGUCUGAUCCUGAUGACCUGGAUGCGGAGUCGGGCUGGUCAUCCGACGAUGAUGCCCCCCUGUCACAGAUGCGAUGUGAGACGCGAGGGUCGACCUUGGCUCGUCCUCGUCCUUCCCCUCGCCCGCGGGAUGGUGCUGCGACUGGACCUGCAGUGGUUGGGAGGCCAGUUCGUGCAGAUGCACAGUGUCAGGGCCUGUCCAUUCGACAGCGACAGCACAUUUCCAUCGACUCUGACAGCGACGACGAUGAUGGAGGGUACGAGGGCAGCAGCGAGUCUGAGGACGACAUGGAUUUCGAUAGCGGUGCGGGUGACGCCCCAAGGGGAGGUGUUGAGGGUCCCCGAGACAUUGCUGUCGAGGAGCAGCACAAUCAGCGACAUUCUGCCAGACGCAUGGUGUCGACGAGGUUGAGGAGGGGGACGCCUCCUGACCCGCGCAGGGCGAUGGCGGUGUUUGCAGACCGGGACUUCGACCGAUUGGUGGAGAGGAUGACGAUGUGGAGGGAGGUGGUGAUGGGCCUGUCGGUGGAGGGGGUGGACCUCACGGAGGAUCUGAGGCAGCCGGUGUGCAUGAUGGAUGCGAGGAGGACAGACAGCCCGCCGGUGGAGGGGAGCAGAGGAUGAGGGACGAGGUAGUGCGUAUGCUGCAGAAAUGCAGCAGCGUGCAGUUGACGCACCUUGCGAGCAGCCAGUCGAUUCAGUGGUCGCCGACCACCCUGACAG